CAGGAACGAGCCAAGAGGGAGCAUUGCGGACAAUGCCCAGGUGGCCGCCACGCUCCUCCUCGCCUUUUCCCGAGGAGCAGCCACCGCUGCCGUCGCACGCGCAGGAGCUGCCGCAAUGACAGCGGGUGCAGCAGCCGGGCAGCGGCCGCCGGCGUGAGGGGCCCCCCGGGCGCCCGUGCAAGAUGAACGCCUCCCUGGAUGGCCCCGGCAAUGGGAGCAGCGGCGGGAGGCCCUUCUGUCUGCUGGCAGCCGGCUACCCGGACAGCCUGGACGUCUGCCUGCUGGAGGUGAUCAUCAUCGUCUUCCUCACCGUCCUCAUCAUCUCGGGCAACCUGGUGGUGAUCUUCGUCUUCCACUGCGCGCCGCUGCUGAACCAACACACCACCAGCUACUUCAUCCAGACCAUGGCCUACGCCGACCUGCUGGUGGGGGUGAGCUGCCUGGUGCCCUCCCUCUCCCUCCUGCACCGCCCGCUGGCCUUCCUGCCCGAGUCGCUGGUUUGCAAAGUCUUCGGCUACGUGGUUUCGGUGCUGAAGAGCGUCUCCAUGACCUCGCUGGCCUGCAUCAGCCUGGACCGCUACAUCGCCAUCACCAAACCGCUCACCUACAGCACGCUGGUCACCCCCUGCCGGCUGCGAUCCUGUAUCCUUCUGCUCUGGCUCUACUCGGGCGCCGUCUUCCUGCCGGCGUUCUUUGAGUGGGGGAAGCCCGGCUACCACGGAGACAUCUUCCAGUGGUGCGCCGACUACUGGGACACCCGGGCCGUCUUCACCCUCUUCAUCGUGGUCAUGCUGUACGCGCCGGCCGCCUUGGUGGUUUGCUUCACCUACUUCAGCAUCUUCCGCAUUUGCCAGCAGCACACGCGGGAGAUCAACGAGAGGCGGGUGCGCUUCAGCUCCCAGGAAGGGGAGCCCGCCGAGGGGCAGCCCUGCCCCGACAAGCGCUAUGCCAUGGUCCUCCUGCGUAUCACCAGCGUCUUCUACAUCCUCUGGCUCCCUUACAUCAUCUACUUCUUGCUGGAGAGUUCCUCGGUGUACCACAACCGCCUGGCCGCCUUCCUGACCACCUGGCUGGCCAUCAGCAAUAGCUUCUGCAACUGUGUCAUCUACAGCUUGUCCAACAGUGUCUUUCAGAAAGGGUUGAAGCACCUCUCGGGCGCCCUUUGCACGCCUUGCACCCGGCACCGGGCGGGAAAGGACUCCUCUGCCUCCCGCAGCAAAAGACCUUCCAACGGGUGUCACGUCUGACGGGGGAGGGGGCUUUCUCCCCACCACACACACCCCCACACCCCAUGCCCGAACUCAGGACAUCCAGAUGUGCAAAAAGAAAGAGAGGGGGAGCGAGACCUACGUGUCCCCCCCCCCCCUCUAGCCCGACAUACCGCUACCGUAUCUCGGAAGGACCGAGGAUUUCCACCAGCAGGGGCUCGCCGGGUUUCUGGGUUCGCUGUCCCACCCACCCCCUUUGAUCGGUAUUGGGGGGGAGGAAAAGAGGGAGGGUCUUUCCCUGGAGUGACUCAAUGGAUGGUCUCUGGCUAAAAGACCCCCCUCCCUCACCUCUUGGCCUCUCCGAUGUUUGGCGACCUUGGUCUCUUUUGUCUCCAUACAGGAGUGUGGUUUGAAUAGUGUAUUCUUCCGAUUUGUUUUGUGCAUAUGCCAAAGUAUGUUUCGAAAUCUUAUGGGUCCAAAUAACGAUCGUCCCUCUUCACCCACCCCUCCUACUGCCCCAACUCUCUAUCUCCCACCUACCCACCCACACCCCACGCCGUCCGUAGCCAAUAAUUCCAGUGUGCCGAGAGCGUCCCCUUUUUUCUCCUCUUAGGCUUUUUAUAAACCGUGGUUAUUCCUUCUCCCCCCUCCCCACAUCUCUUUUGGGGCUCCCACCCCUAUCCUCUCUUUCACCAGGUUGUCCAUUUGUGAUUUAAAAGUACCGUAUUUGCAUUUUUCUUAAAAAAAAAAGGAGAAAAGAAAGAAAAUUGAAAUGUCUGUGUAGUUAAGAGGAAUGACUUUUGGAGCAGAGCAAAAUUAGCAAAUGAAUAAAAAGUGUUCCCUUUCCUCUCUCUCUCUCUCUCCUCACUCCCCCUGUUUAUUUAUUUAUUUAAGCCAGUGGAGGGAGGGGAAAUAUAUAUGUAUAUAUUUUGUCCUUUCCUUGUUUUCGGAUUUUGUAGGCAGCCGCUUGGGCACGGAGUCAUCUGUUCCUUGGGACGGGUUGGCUUGGUUUGAGGAAGUUUCUCAAAACAAUUUUCUCUGCCUCUGUCUCUGUCUGUCUGUCUCUCUCUCAUUCUCUCUCUC